UACUUGCCUAAGAUAUCAAAUCAAAUCAUUUGGGGUGAUUUUCCUUUUCCUUUAUAAACCACCCCGACAUCUAAAUCUUUCUCUCUUAAAGAUUUACAUUAAUCUUAACGAUGUUAGGCAAGAGAACAAAUCCUAUGAUCGGAAGAUUGUCGGAAUUAUUGGUCUCAGGCACCCGUGCCAAGUUCAUGGAUGCUAACACCAGUCCUAGAAGUCCACUGGACUACAUAAACAAGUCACCAAAAGGUCUAAAGAAUUAUCAUGAUCUCGCUGGGGUUGGAUUGGGUAUUGUUGCAGCCCUUGACAAGCCUUCUAAUACUGAUGUGGGGCAUGAAGUUUUGGCUAAGUAUGCUGUUUGCAGGUCAAAUUUGAAUAGAUCAAAUCCAAUUCCAGUUAAUUCAGGUAAAGAUUGUGAGAUAUUUAACUGUGGUUUUGAGGAAAUGGAUAUGAAGAGCUUGGAAGACUAUACAUAUGUCACAAUCCAUGCUCCUAAUCAAUCCUUCACGAAGGUUUACUAUGAUGGAGGUGAACAUGGAAAACGAGGGCAUGAUAGAAGAUGUGAGAACACGGGAUGUACUUCUGUUUCUAAGGGAUUUCCUGCCAGACUUGUCGAGGAUGUUCCCGUAUAUCCCACUUCAGAUUUUCUGAGUUCAUGCCACUUGUGCAGGAAAAAACUCUACGGCAGAGACAUCUACAUCUACAGGGGAGAGAAAGCAUUCUGCAGCGUGGAGUGUCGAUCGAGUCAAAUAAUGAUAGACGAGCGCAAAGAACAGUGCAGAUCAGAAGUUGCGAGAUCUGCAGAUGUUUCAAGCUCGCCUUUCAAAACAAGCCCCAUCUUCUCAACUGGGAUUCUUGCAAUUUAGGAUAAACAUCUCAGUCCUGAACUUCCAAUUUUACACGGCAAUACGCUAUACAUAUGACAAUCUGAUCAGCUCGAUAUUGAAUAUAAUAUAGAGCAAGCAUAGCGAAAGAAAAUUGUGGGAUAUAGGCUAUGCAGUUUAUGUUGUAUUGAGAAUAUUUUAGAAAGCGAAUUUUGCAUCACAAAAUGAUUAUAAUAAUCAUCAAGCCAUGUUCAGGCAACAAUUUUAUUUUUA